AUGAAAAAGAAGUUGAGGAAAGAUUGCGUACAAUCCGCUAACGUUGACUGCAUAAAGGUGCCGAUAGUCUUUGUUGCCCACAGCAUGGGAGGCCUCGUUGUCAAACAGGACAUCAAUGAAGAUUUCAGGCACGUUUGUGGAGAUGUCCGUUUGUGGUCUUUCUUUGAAGGGGCACCCACAACAGGCUUCAUAAUCGUCGACAAGUCUUCUGCUGUGAUGAAUCUUCCCGGAGAGCACACACAGUACUUGUCUGCGGAUCAUCGGCACGUAUGUAAAUUUCGUGAUGUGAACGAUCCGAAUUACAUUACCCUAAGGGACUGUUUCAAGACGACAAUCGAGCAGAUCAACAAGCAUUACACGAUUCAGCAGGCUCAGCAAAUGAAAAUGAUCGCCGAUGCGCUCGACAUUAGCCACCAGCCUAAGAGAGACCUUCUUUCUGUGUCAGAAAAACUUCACAAGGGGACUUGCGAGUGGAUAACUCAACAUGAAGACUUCCAUCGAUGGCUUGAUGUUGCUGAUGCUUCAACAUGGAGCAAUUUAGACAAGGAGUCUUCAGACACGCAUCCCCGCAUUCUCUGGCUUUCUGGACAUCCUGGAUCCGGGAAAUCUGUGACAACAUCCCACGUCGUCAAUUACUUGACUUCUUUCAACAUGGAUUGCUGCUACUUCUUCUUCAAGAACGACACUAAACUUGGCAUCGCUUCUCUGCUCCUCAAUCUCGCCUAUCAAAUGGCCGAGUUCAGUUUCGAAAUACGCCAGGUUUUCCUCUCCAUUGUGAGCAAUGGCGAGACCGUCAAUACCCAAGAUCACACGGUCAUAUGGAACAACCUCUUCCAGGGCCGGAUAUUUCAAGUACCUUUCACUCAGCCAUUUUACUGGGUAAUCGAUGGGCUUGAUGAGUGUCCCAAGAAGUCCUUAAUUUCCUUGAUUCAAGUCCUUUCCAGGAUUGAGACCAGAAUACCAAUUCGGAUAUUCAUGACCAGUCGGCCAGACUCUCCAGAUGCUCCAGUGGAGCAGCUUCUCAAUGCAGAGAAUGUCAACAGGGUUGAGUUCCGUACGGGCCAAGAGGACUCAAUCCGUGACAUUGCGGCAUAUGUCAGAUCGCAGCCAAGGCUCUCCAGAAUGCUCGACAAUGACGAGAACGACCAAAUAGUGACGGAUAUACUCGCCAAGUCCCAAGGAAACUUUCUCUGGGCGUCCUUGAUUAUCGGGCGUCUAGAUGAGCUUUACAGCGCCGAGGAUGUCAGAACUGCCCUCCGCCAAGUCCCCUCUGAGAUGAAUGGGUUUUACGACAGGAUUUUGGAAAGCAUUUCGAACGCUUCUAAUUCGGAAAAAGCAAAGUGCAUUAUGAAAUGGGUCGUAUGCGCUCCAGAGCCUCUCUCCACCGAGGAACUGAUGGAAGCCGUGCAUCUUGACAUCGGUCACACACUUUUAGCGGCCACAUCCGGAGACAUUUUCUCCGAAAUUUGUGGAAGGGAAUUCAUCGACACGAAGACGCUGAUCUGGAUCGAGCACGUCGCUAGAAAAGGAAAGCUUAAGAAUUUCCUGAGGACCAUUGGAAACAUCAAACCAUAUCUAGCCCGCCAGCUUGAACGGAGCCCUCCAUUCAGCAAAAGCUAUCAAAAGGUAAAAUCUUGGGUCGACGACUUGACACACCUCGUCAGUAUCUUCGGACAGACACUCUUGGAUUCUCCGGGGUCCGUGUAUGCAUUCAUCCCACCACUAUGCCCCUCAUCAUCACUGAUUCAUCGCACGUUCGCAAGAGAUUGCUCACAGAAAGUUGUGUGUCCUUCGCACAAGGAUUGGGAUGAACGUCUAUCUUGCAUGAACUUUCAUUCUUACUCCAAGAGCAUAGCAGUAAGCGACAAUCAUAUUGCUACCGGCCACACAGACGGCAUGAUCCGUAUCUUCAGCACUUCGACAUUUGAGGAGGUCGCAGUUCUCAAACAUGGAUCUCCAGUUCGCCAGCUUGCCUUCGGGAACGUUUCCAAUGUUCUUGUGUCUUGUAGCCCGAAAGCAAUUUCAGUUUGGAGCACGAAGCAAGACCUUAUAUGGAAAGCCACAGUACCAGGAGUGGCUUCCUCGGUCUGUUUCAACGCUGACGAUACCAAACUCAUGGUUACUAUCAAAAACGACGUGAAGCAUGCCAUGCUCGCUUUCGCUUCUGUCGAUGGCACCCAGCUUGAGCCGAUGAUCAUUCCUAGAGAAAGUCCUGGUUCAGACUCCGAGUCAGACCAAAAGAGCCACAGCAUGCAGAAGUUCUGCCCAGAGGUGGCGUGCGUCUCUUUCUCUCUUGGCUUGGUCGCUGUGACCUGGCGAACUUCGCACUUGACAAUCUUUUUCAUGGACUCCGACAAUAAUCUCGAAAAGUUUUGUAAGCUCGAGAAAGACGGAUUUCGAGACGCACCUCGGCCUCCUCAAAUUCUCGGCGUGGAACUUAAUCCUGCUGUUGAAUCUGAUCUGGUGGCUGUAGCAUACCAAGACGGCGACAUUGCCAUAUUCGAGAUGGAUGAGUGGAGCCCAAAGCAGACGCACACUUACAGUCUCCAUACCAGAACCAUGGCAAGUUCUCCAGAUGGCAGAACUCUCGCCGCUGGCGACACUGAAGGGGGCAUAUGGCUCUUUGCAUUUGACACUCUUCAGUUGCUGUAUCGCAUCAAUUCCUUGGACGAAGUUGCCUCCAGCAUUAUGUUUGCAUCAAAUAGCCUCCGGCUCUAUGAUGUCCGAGGGCGCUCUUGCAAUGUAUGGGAGCCCUCUGUACUCGUCCGGAAAAGCUCCAUGGAUGACAAUUCCAGCGAACCAGAAGAGUUUUCUGGGCCAUUGCCAGAGGGAAUCGGGGAUCACUCUGCUCACUCCUUACUCGAUACGAAGACCAUUACUGUUAUUGCGCCGGCUCAUGAUGACCAUUACCAUUUCUGUGGCAGAGAAGAUGGUUCGGUGACUAUUCAUGACAAUCGCAACGGAACUGUGGUUCUUGAAAUCAAGCUACACUCGGUACAGAUAUGUCACUUGCACUUUGAGGCCAGGUCUAGUACGCUUCUAAGUGUCGAUAUAUCAAGCAGGUGUGUGAUGACACGUCUGGAGAGGCCAUCUUCUGGCUUUCAAAAUUGGUCUCAAGAAGCCUGUGUAAUGGACCAUAGAGCGCAAGCCUCGGUCACUCAGUCACUCAUGAAGCCAAGCGGGACAGCCUUCCUUCUCUCUAAGCAAGACGGCGAGGAGCUUUGGAACGGAAGAGAGAUAUUGCGCAGCAAAGUUUCUACUGGAAGUUCGUGGUGGAUGCCUCAUCCCACUGAUCCAGAAUUGCUUCUCCUCGUCGACAACAAACAAAUUCGUACCUAUCACUGGGAGAAUUUGCGCGACGCUACCGAAGAUCAUGGUCUGUCAAUAGCCCUCCCGCCUAAUCUUGAUUGGCAAAAUCUUGACAACGUCUGGUCGUCGCAACCUGGAUGCAAUAUCAUCUCUCAGGCUGUGACGUUUCGAGACGCCCCGGGUACAGCCUUCCUGAUCCUGGAUUUAGAUCAGAACAAGCGUGAGUCUUCAUCAAUCGUGGUCUCAUGUACUCUCAGGAACAUGGCUGCCGGCGUCAAGUCAAUACUUGCAGUAUCGCGGUCCACAGUCAUUUUCUUGGACCGCGGUGGAUGGGUCUGUUCCUUGGGCGUCAAGAACAUCUCAGAAGCCAAGUCAUACACCAGACAUUUCUUUAUACCACCAUUUUGGCGAGCAAGAGGGGACUUCAUGGUCAAGAUAGUGGCAAAAAAUAGUCUCGUGGUUGCCUACAAGGACGAUGUUGUUAUUGUGCAUGGAUUCAUGGAUUUUACCCUUAAAACGGACUUUCCAGCUUUCCUUGAUGAAGAUGACACAUCACUUGUCCUGAGACGCCGCUUGACGAACCUUUAG